AUGCUGGGUCUUGGAUGUCUAUUGAGGCCGCUGGCGGGCGGGGUGUCGCGGCGGUGCGCUGGCGGCGGUGCGCAUUGGGCGUCGCGCCCGCUGCACAGCAGCGGGCGCAGUCGAGCCAAGCUGGACUUCUCCAAGCUGACGCAGGCGGAGAUCAAGCAGCUGCGCGACAUGAAGGUGCAGAGGGAGCGGGCGUUCCGCGACCGCACGGCGGCGUACUACUUCGCGAGCGUGGGCGUGGUGUUCCUGGGGCUCGCGUACGCCGCGGUGCCGUUGUAUCGCCUGCUGUGCGCACGCACGGGCUUCGGUGGGACGCCGAUCACUGACCGCAGGAAGUUCACGAGCGACAAGAUGGUGCCGGUGGACAUGGACAAGCGGAUCCGCGUGUCGUUCACGAGCGAGGUGUCGCAGAUCCUGCCGUGGAAGUUCGUGCCGCAGCAGCGCGAGGUCUACGUGCUGCCCGGCGAGACCGCGCUGGCCUUCUACAAGGCCAAGAACACCAGCGACAAGGACAUCAUCGGCAUGGCGACGUACAGCAUCACGCCCGGCGGCGCCGCGCAGUACUUCAACAAGAUCCAGUGCUUCUGCUUCGAGGAGCAGAAGCUGCUGGCCGGCGAGGAGGUGGACAUGCCCGUGUUCUUCUUCAUCGACCCUGACUUCGCGACGGACCCGCAGAUGCGCAACGUCGACGACCUCGUGCUGCACUACACCUUCUUCCGCGCGCAGUACGCGAGCGAGGCUGCGCCCGACGGCGCGCUCGGGCCCGCCGUGGUCGACGCCGCGGCCGUGGAGGCCGCGGCCUAG